UAAAAGCUACCAUGGACACUUUGACAUCUUUGACGCCUAUGAUAGAUAAAGGAAUUGGAAGAUAUGUACUGAAAAAUAUCGAGCAGUUGGAUGGAUGUGUCCGUUUUAGAAGCUGUAUUUGACCAUCAGGUCACUACGGGACAGGUUGUGUAGUACUGUUGGAAUCUAUAGAUCGUCAUUCACAAACUGAACAUCAAGGGAAUAUUUCUAUGUGCCGUUGAUCCUCGAGAAGCUUGGAUAAAUGUGGAUGGAAAUGUAACUUGUACGGCAAGUGGAAAUAAAUGUGCAAACCCUUCACACAACUCUCUCUCGCCUUCGUGAUUGAUGAAUUACAACAGUACCUACGAUGUCAAGCCAAUUGAAACCUGCUGCUACUGCCACUACAAAUAGACAUUGGUCUUUUAUUUUUGAAAAGCCAGCAGCGGAAGUGUUAUUUCUAACUUGACCAUAGAGAGCGCACAGAUGCUGUACAUGUAAAGCAGUGGCGGGUUGCUGGUGCUGCUUCUGUGGCUCGGCUCCCUCUUUAACAUCGAAGGACAUUGUUGUAUUUUAUUUGUAUUUCCCCCUUUUUUUUCGUCACAUUUCGACUCAUUUGGACUUUGUGCGGUUUGUCUUCUAUUCUCCUCGCGCUGAACUUGCCAUGAGCAUCACACGGCUGGAGACCUGAAGCGUCGGGUCCGGAGGAGGUGAAGAUGCCUCAUGGACCGCUCCAUCGGCACCAGUGCGCCACUUCAGGGCAUCGACAACCCAGAAUAACAAAGAAAUGCCGAGGUUUAGCGUCAGAUGGAUGGUGGCGCUGCUGCUGAUUGUCUUGGUCGGCGGCGCUUUCUUUUUCUGCGAGUAUCUCAUCUACUUCCCGGCCAUCCUGCAGUGCGCCUGGCCGAAGACCAGCCAUGCCCGGGCAGGGACCGAGGGCACGGACGGCCGCCCCGCGCAGGACACAGCCGUCCGUGCGAUGGUUCUGUCGGACACGCACCUCCUGGGAGCCGUGGGGGGACACUGGUUCGACAAGCUGAGGAGGGAAUGGCAGAUGGAGCGAGCUUUCCAGACCGCGCUGUGGCUGCUCAGGCCCGAGAUUGUCUUCAUUCUCGGGGACAUCUUCGACGAAGGCAAGUGGAGCUCGCAGAAGCACUGGGAGGACGACGUGCGCCGCUUCCACAGGAUGUUCAGACACUCCACUGACACAGAACUGGUUGUGCUGGUUGGAAACCACGACAUCGGGUUCCAUUAUGAGAUGGACUGGUUCAAGCUGCAGCGCUUCGAGAAGGUCUUCAACGCUUCCUCCACCAGGAUUGUCACCAAAAAGGGAGUGAACUUCCUGCUGGUGAACAGCGUGGCUCUGCACGGCGACGGCUGCCCCAUCUGCCAGUCAGUGGAGAAGGAGCUGAUCAAACUCUCCAAAGAUCUCAACUGUUCCCUUCAGAGCUCGCAGGCUGGCGGUGGAUCAACGGACGGCUGUGACGGCUCGCAGCUCUUUCCUCCCUCGUCCCCCAUCAUGUUACAGCACUAUCCUCUGUACAGAGUGAGUGACGCUGGCUGCACAGGACAGGACGCUGCACCGCCUGAAGAGCGACACCUGCUGUUCAGGGAGAAGUAUGACGUGCUGUCUAAGGAGGCCUCACAGAGGCUGCUGCAUUUGUUCAAGCCCCGCCUCAUCCUCAGCGGACACACCCACAGCGGAUGUGAGGUUCUCCAUGACAACAAGUACCCCGAGAUCAGCGUUCCGUCCUUCAGCUGGAGGAACAGGAACAACCCCAGCUUCAUCCUGGCGUCGGUGUCGCCUGACAGUUACACUCUGUCCAAGUGUUUCCUGCCGGAGGAGAGCACGGUGAUCGGCGUGUACUGCUCGGCGGGCGCCUGCCUGAUGCUGCUCGUCCUGGCUCACUGUAUGUGGAUAAAAGGCCUGCUGCAGUGCUCCAGCCUCUGUCUGCUGGGCAAGCACAAGUCUCUGUGAACUACGUUACCCAGAGCGCACCUCGGGGUGGCAGGACAGAACUACGAAGUGGGCAGUUUACAGAUAACUCGAUGUGAGGAUUCGCAAAUGUGACUUUCCUCCUCGGAACGGGCGAAGACGUCCGGUCGUACCAUCUCCAAUCGUGAGCGCAAGUGUUCUUCAGCACUGUGAAGGACUCGAAUAUAGAUUUUAAAUGUCUUUAAAGGACUAUUCUGCUGUUUUUAUGUGGGCCACAUAUGGGGGAACUUCUCUUGUAACUUUCGGAAUCACUUAUUACAAAUCAAACAAGCAGAUUUGUACGUUCUAAAGACCCCCUGCUCUUAUUUUAAGGUGUUACAGUCACAUGUUAGUAUGCUGGUAAUUGAUGUCUCUGUCACUCUGAUGAUUAACUGUGAUCUGCUGUAAACACUUUGUUGUUGUCGUCGUCAUCUGACCGUCCAUCCGGUCAACUCUUGUUUUUAUGAAGCACAUUUAUGUAUUUAUUGCUGACAUUUUGUGCCAAAUGUUUGUGAGAUUUUAUUUUAUUUUUUUGCCAAACUGUAAAAACAUUUCUGAUGAACUGUACAUAAAUAAAAGAGAGUAUUAAGACGA